GCACCCAAGGUGACCUGGUGCUGGGGGAGACUGGAAGGGACUUGUGUCCCUGGUGAGGGCGGUUUUCUGAUUCCCUAAUGCUGUCUCAGGUCCCCUCAAUUGGAUUGGAACGGAAGUUGUGUUCCGCUCACCAGUGAUCCUAAGAUCUCAUGGAGAGUCCUCUAGGGACUGUGGAGGUGUCUGCCAACUCUGCACCCAAAGUGACCCGGUGCUGGUGCUGACUGGAAGGCUCUUCUUUCUUCCUUUCUUUUCUUUUUCUUUUCUUUUCUUUUUCUUUUCUUUUCUUUUCUUUUCUUUUCUUUUCUUUUCUUUUCUUUCCUUUCCUUUCUUUUCUUUUUUCAAUGUUUCUAUUUACUCAUUUAUGUUCUUUUGUUUUUUUCAGACAGGGUUCCUCUUUCUAGCUCUGACUUUCCUGGAACUCACUGUGUAAAACAGGUUGUUUUUGAAAUUAGAGAUCCCCUUGCCUCUGUCUAAGUUCAUGUGACACCAAUCCCAGCCCACUCAUUAUGUUUCUGCUACUUCAGCUUGACUUUUUUUUUAAUUCAGUAAUUCACAUUUAAAAUAGUUCUAGGAGAGCAGGAGGGAAAGUGGAAGAAACACAUUGUGUGAGUGUGAUGUUAAGGCAUGAUGCUUUGGGGAAUAAGUCUUUUUCAGCAUCACACCGCAAGUAAGUAGGCAGGGGCAUAAGUGUGUCCCAUAUCUCUACAGUUAAUAGUGUAUAAUCGCUCUUCCCUCUCAUAAUUCUCAGGAUACUUCAAGGACAUCUACGGUUAGAAUGGCAGGGAGUCAGUGGUGGUCAAAAGUCAAAGGUUUAAGAUGUGGAGGUCAUUUUUUUUUUUAUUCCUAGCAUUCAGACCAUGACACUGAAGCAGCCCCAAAUAGUUCCCCCAAAAAGAAGAAGAGGAGCAUCCAAAGCUCCACAUUUGAAAGGCAUGCUACAAUCAUUUGAAGGGCUCAUGGAUGUUCAGCAAUACUGGGUUCAUAUGACUCUACAUGCAAGGAACAAUGCAGUCAUUACCAUUAACAAAGAAAAAAGACAAAUACAGUAUAGAAGUUACAGUACGGUUCCAGUUUCUGAGAUCUACCAUUUGGGUGUCCUGGGAUAUCCAGCUCUUUCCUCAGGGAAGCAUUACUGGGAAGUAGACGUGUCUAGAAGUGAUGUUUGGCUCCUCGGAUUAAAUGAUGGAAAGUGUGCUCAACCCCAACUUCAUUCAAAGGAAGAAACGGGCACCAAAAAAAAAUAUCAUUCUCAUAUUAAACAAAAUGUAACGUUUCAGCCUAAAUGUGGAUACUGGGUUAUAGGGAUGAAGAAUUCAUCUGUAUACAAUGCCUUUGAUGAGUGUUCUAUCACCCACAAUUCCAGUGUCUUGGCCCUCUCUCUGCCUGAUCGUCCCAGUCGUGUAGGAGUUUUCCUGGACCGGGAAGUUUGCACUCUCUCAUUUUAUGAUGUUUCUAACUGUGGAGCUCUCAUCUAUAGAUUCUAUGACCCUGCCUUCCCUGUUGAAGUCUAUCCAUAUUUUAAUCCUAUGGAAUGUUCAGAGCCAAUGACAGUAUGUGGAGUACCAUCCUAAACCCUCACCUAUACCUGUGCAGUGCCCCCAUGUCUCCACUGCAUCAUUCUAACUUUUUUGUCUUGGGCCCUUUAUUGUAAUGACCUUCAGUUCUAAUCCCAAACCACUGUGGAUUCAUUUCCUUGAUCCAGUUGCUUGUCUGCUCACAAGAUGAUUACUGUCAUUUGUCAUUUCCCAUAUUCCCAAAGAAAAUAGCUGUUCCCUCACUAGUGAAAUAGAGCCCCUGCUAAUGCCAUCUCUGAAGGAACACAGUCAAAAGAAUGACUCACAGCAAGCAAUGUCUUAGUUACCCCAGAAAAAAAAAAGGCAGAGAGCCUUUUACUUCAAGGAGAUUUUUGUUCCCUGGAUUCCUUUGGAUGUGAUUUUGGGCCUCCUGCAAAAAGAACAUCUGCAUUCAAUUUUUAUGAUACAUUUACUCUUGUUCAAUAUCAGAACAUAGCUAUAGAACCCAUUCCUGUGCAAGGCUAUACUGAGUGCCAGCCUCAAUGUACACUGGUUCUGAAUAUGGUCUUAUGCCUUGGUUUUGUGAUUUCCAAGAUAUAUUUUAUAGUAUAGUGCCAGACAAUUGUGCUUCUAUAGUCUGCCCUGAUAAAGUUGUAGGAAAGUUUUCCUCUGUGAAUAUUUAUGAAUAUUAUGUUCUUACUGGUAUCUAUUUACAUGUUUUACUGAUUAUGUUUUUCUAAACUCAAAAUACCUUCGUGAGUACUCUUGUAUAUUCAUAUAUAAAAGCACAUUGAAACUGAAGUAAUGUUGUCUAUAGGAUUAGGCUGCAGUCCCCCAAUUCUUUGAGACCCAUUCUGCAAACACCAGGUCGUACAAACAGAACUACCUAGGUCCACAAUGGUAAACAACUUUCCUUCUUGUGGUGACAGAGAUAGAAGCCAGGGCUUCGUGAGUGCUUAUGAGUUUCUCUACCAGUGAGUUAUUUGCCUCAGUUCUGUCAGGUCUCUACAGCCACAUUCUUUCUGCCACUGACAAAAGAUGAGAGAAAGUUCUUCUCCAUCAUGUCUAACAGUUUAGGAAAUUAUACAUAGGUGUUUCUCUUUAAAGAAUGAUACUUAGCAGAAGGUCAGUUUAACCACAAUGCUUGUGUUUCAUGAAAGAGUUAAGAAGGAAACAUCUCAAAUGAUAUCUACUAUGACCAUGUGUUUAGAGUACCCAGGCUCUAAUCCUGCCUCUCCACAUAGCAGUGCAACCUUUAAUAACAUUUUUUCAAACUUAUGUUUGCUUGGGUUUUUUCUUUUGGUUCAUUUUUCUUGUUUGUUUUUCAGUUUUGGUAUAAAUAGUACCUCUAUAUUGCAGGUCAUUGUAGGAAAAAAAUUUGAAAUCUUUAGAAGGCUCUGAGAGUAAAAGCCCUUUCCUCUAUGAGUGAUGAACUGAGUUAACUUACUCAGACCAUCUUGGCUGAAGGAGGCAGCCAGCUCUGAGAGAUGAUCCUCUCACUGCACAAAUAUACUACAGAACAUCUAGGCUAAAACACACACACAAAUGAGAAAGGAUUAUGGAAUAUUUAGCAAAAGAAGUUCAAUACUUACAAUGCAUCCAGUACACAUUCAGUAGGUGGUAGUUGUGCUAAUUACUGUGUAGAUGUGCUGUACUUAUGUUCUAUGUGAUACUUUGUAACUGGGGAAACUAAGAUAUAGCUCUUCUCAUGUCUUGAUGUUAGGUUCUGUGAACUGCCACCAAGACUACUCUAAUAUCUUGUAGAUAUGUAUGAUUUUUUUUUGUUUUCACACUUAUUUUUUGAGAAGGUAUUUGUUUAGCUGUAUUUGUUAUCAAGUAAGCUAAAGUCUAUGAUUUUUUAUUUUAUAAUGAAUGAUAAUGAUGACAAUGAUACCCAUAACCGUACCUGCUGUUGUGUUGUAAAAUGUAAACAAUAGAAUGAAUGUUUCUAGGAACUCAUAUUGCUUCUAGCAUAUAAGGGAUGUCCAAUAUGGUAUCUGUAAAGUUUUUUCUCCCUUUUGAUAGGACCAUAAUAAAAUAUGAUUGGAAUGACAAA